CUGAUACUGACCUCUCAAGCUCACUCAGAGGAAGUAAUGUGUUCAUUACAAUGCAAUUACAGACACUUACAUGCCUCUGAGUGAAGCACUGGGCUACUGAGAGGUGUCUACACCAGUCUCUCGAAUCCAGCUCGACCCUGACCGUUAUGUGUGCGUGUGCAUUAAUGCACGCGUGUUUGUACGUGUGGCCGUAAAUACGUGUGCAUUUGUUUUUAGUCUGCCUGUAGGUGCAGAAUGUACAGCUUCAUGGGAGGAGGGCUGUUUUGUGCAGGAGUGGGCAAUAUACUCCUGAUUGUUUCCACAGCAACAGAUUAUUGGAUGCAGUACCGUCAUUCAAACAACUACAUGCAUCAGGGGCUUUGGAGAUACUGCAUGCCUGGAAAAUGUUUCACACACACAGACAGCAUUGCAUACUGGGAUGCAACAAGAACAUUCAUGAUCUUGUCUCUGUUGGCCUGCUUCAUUGGCAUUGUCAUCGGUAUUAUGGCUUUUAUCCAUUACUCCUCCUUUGACAGGUUUGAUAAAAGCUUUGCUGCAGGCAUUCUGUUCUUCAUCUCAUGCUUUUUUGUGUUUCUGGCCAUGGCUGUUUACACGGGAGUUACAAUAAAUUACUAUGGUAAACGUUAUGGUAACUGGAGGUUCUCCUGGUCCUACAUCAUUGGCUGGGUGUCUGUUGUGCUCACUUUCUUUUCAGGAAUGUUCUACAUAUGUGCAUACCGGAUGCAUGAAUGCCCCAGAAGUCCAAAUCCUCACUAGAAGGCUGGCCAUACCUCCAAUGUUGACUGCCACCAAACACCAUUAGAUCAUGAAAAAUAAAGAUAAAAUGAAAAAUGAUAAAAAGUGUCUAUGAUAAAAUAAAAAAUCAUAGAAAAUAUGUAUACAGGUAUUUUUCAUUGCCUCUAUUAUGAAAAACUGCAUGGUGCCUGUGCAAUAACAACUGAAUUGAUAUUGAAAACAGGCCUACAUGUGCAUUACUUAAAUUGUUUAUUUAUUUUCCUUUUCAGUCAUUAAACAGAAAUAGAUUAUUGGUUUGAUACAAAAAAAUUAAGUGCUAUGUGAUCAUAAUGUUUAAUUUUAAGAUGCCCAAGUGGUUCAAAUGGUGUAAGCAAAGUAUCCAAAAAGAGUAAAGAUAACCAACAACAUUUCCCUGACAUUAAACGUUAAGAUAGUCUAGCAGGUAAAUUGCAGUAUAAGGUGCUGGCGUUAAUGCCACAAGCCUCUUACAGAAACGCGCCGCUUAGGUCUGACGCAGUGGCGUGCUGUCUCCCAAUUUCACUUGAUUAAAUGGCUAUUAAAAGCUGCUUAACUGCCUCUGGGUGGGGAUCCUAUCGACUUCUAAAGUAAAGGCGACUCCAUCACCAUUAGUACAUUUACUUUCGCGUAAAAGCAACUUGUUACCGUGAUUUAUAAGCAGUGUGGGGCGCAGGUGCCAGUCAAUAACUGGUUUCAAUUACAGUGCUCGAAAAUCACAUUACAUCGUUGAGUAAAACAGUCAGCGAUUUAUAUAUAAAUAAAAAACUAAAUGCAUUUGUACUGUAUAUUCUAUACUUUAUUUAUAUGGUGGUCUGUCUUUAUACUGAUUUGUAUUCAGCUGUCAUUGUAUUAGCUAUCACAUCUCUUGCAGUAAACUUUUCAUCUCAAAGUACUAAUUACCAGCUUUCAAGACCGAUAGUGAUGUUCAUUAAAUGACUUGCAACUGAUUAAAGUUCAGUAACACUCAUUUAUUAUAGCCGGGGAAAUCUUCUCCAUUUAAUAACACACAAAAACUACUAAUGAAGCCAUAUUUGAUAUUUUACAAGAAUAAUGUAUUUCCAUGACCA